CAAGGGUAUUGCGGCUCUCUACAUUUCCGUGCUCUGUUUAAUGCGAACUGCGAAGACUGAAGAGUAGUCUGCGAUUCAGGAAGAUGUUUUUCCUAUCUAUGUACCGUCCAUCUAAUCAAGAACAGAAGAAAUGCAUUAAGAAGUCUGGUGACUUUAAUUACGACGCCAAAUUUAAAGGCGCUACUGCUAAAUCAGCUUCUUCUCUUAAGGAAGACAAGGAACUUUCAGAUAGCAGUUUUCUGAUUAACCAUGCCAGAGUUCUAGUCGGUUCAGGUUUUGAGACGUUUGAGAAAGGCAAAAGCGCUCUUCAGAAUUGGAGGCAUUUCAAUCUGAACUGGGCAUUCGUUGACCCCAAGACUCCUAUUCAGAGCGGGGUGAAGUUUUGUGUGUGCACGAAAGCGAUUUUCCCUUGGCUUCUGAUGCCACUGAAAGUUGUUUACGUUGAUGACUCCAGUAAAGAAAGAAAUGCUGUGGCCUCAUAUAGUUAUGGUAGUGGGACUCUUCAGGGGCACCUUCUGGCAGGAGAAGAAUGCUUCUCGAUUACAAUGGAUGAACAGAACGAUGUGUGGUACGAAAUACUUUCAUUUUCAAAGCCAGCAAACCCUCUGGCGUUUAUUGGAUACCCCUAUGUACUUCUCAAGCAAAAGCAUUUCGCUCGUGAGUCAGCCUUAGCAAUGCAGAAACAUUUAUCUACAAAGUUAGACGAUAAGUAAUGCUCCCUGAUACUACGACUCUUUGCUGUAACCGUUGGUUUAAUGAUAUAUAUUGAAAAAAGUUCACAAUUGAACA